GUGAGAAAGAUACUACUAAGGAAGAUCUUUCUGUUGAGAAUACUCAGAUCAGAUACGACUUUCUUCCUAGGCGCGUACACCUUUUCCUUUGCAGCCAUGGCGCCUUUUUCGACAAUGCUUUUCUGUGUGUUUGCUGCAUCAUUUAGCUGGCAACAGACCACAUCUGCGAUCAAGAUAUCUGCGUUCAAUAUCCAAACAUUCGGGACCAGCAAAAUGGACAAGCCUGAAGUGGUUAAUUACCUAAAGCAAAUCAUAGCAAGGUAUGACAUGGUUCUUAUUCAAGAAAUACGCAACAAGGAUGGGACAGCUAUCCAAGAAUUACUAGAUGAGGUCAACAGCUACUCUGCAGAUCAAUACGAAAUGGUAAUAUCAUCAAGACUUGGGCGAAGUGACAGCUACAAGGAGCAAUAUGCAUAUUUCUACAAGACAAGCACAUUAAGUGUACUAGACGAGUUUGAGUACCCAGAUAAUGGAGCAAUAGACAAAUUCGAAAGAGAGCCUUAUGUUGUCAAGUUUUAUGCAUCUUCUACGUCUGUGAAGGAAUUUGCAGCAGUGGCCCUUCAUGCUAAACCAGAUGAGGCUGUUUCUGAAAUCGAUCUCUUAGCUGACGUCUAUGACUACACAACCAACCAGUUUAAUAUCGAGAAUGUCGUCCUAAUGGGAGAUUUCAACGCUGACUGUAGUUACGUCAAGGAAGAUGAUUGGGCCGACAUUCGCCUCCGAAAUGAGGACCGAUUUGAUUGGGUAAUACCCGACGAUGAUGACACAACCGUAUCAGGAAAUACGCACUGUGCCUACGACAGAUUCGUGUUAGCAGGCACUCAACUGCAACAGACUUCUUUUGGGGCUCAACCUUUUAAAUUUGAUGAGCACUUUAAACUUGAUUACUACGAUGCCGUUGCUGUCAGCGACCACUAUCCCGUGGAAAUUGAAAUUAAUUAAAAUUACACAAGCAAGUUCAAUAUUCCUCGUCUUCUGAUCAAAACUUUUCGAUAUCAAUUAUAAUCCAUCAAGAUACGUUUCCCUUGUCUAAAUAUUUGAGAAUAUGAGAUAAAACUAGGCAUCUCACGUCAUAGCCCUGAUAAUGUUAUUUACGCAAAGUGUUUAAUUUGGAGCAGAAUAUCACAGAUGUCUUUAGCUGACUUCUUCACAUCAUACAUGCACCGUUUACCCAGUGCUGACAUAUUAUUAUAUUAGCAUUUCGGAAAUUCGAUGAGACGCCUAAAUCAUAGAAUGAUGAAAAAGAAUAACCAAUUAAAGUUAUGAGCAAACAUGAUUGACUUAUCCUAUAUCAUAUCCUGAAAUUAGUUCUUCGACAAACAAAUGUUGCCAAACUAGACUAUAUUGCAAUGAAAAUAUAACCGUAUAAAGACUCCACUCCUUUAAUAAAAUAAGCCCACUUUGGAGACUGAAUUAAAAAUCUUAAAUAUCUUAUGUAUAAUCUAUCUAAUUUUAAAGAGAAAAUAGUGCGAACAAUUAUCCAUAGGAAAGAACUUGUUUCGUCAAGUAUGCACUAAAUUUUGUUCUCUAGGCAUCUAUACCCUACAACUGCCUUUUAUUUCUGUUCCCGAACUUUUACAAAUGAAUGCGCCAUUGAUUUCAAUAAACAUGAUAAAGAUCAUGCAUGCGA